ACACACCUCCAUCUCCUCCUCCAUUAAUGGCUUCCAAGAACUCAAUGUUUCUAGCCUUGGUGCUUGUUCUAAGUGCAACAUUAACCAUGGCCAAAGACAUAGAAUGUGAGAACAUGGAGGUAAGCAAGUGUGCCUUCUCGGUGUCCUCCACCGGAUUCCGGUGUGUUCUCGAGAAGAGAUUGGCUCUCCGGGGACGUUUGGAGGUGCAAACAUGCCGUACUUCUACCAUCAAGGCAGAGAGCUUUAAAGGAUUUGUAGAGACCGAUGAAUGUAUUGUCGGUUGUGGCCUCGAUCGAACCUCUUUCGGUAUCUCCACCGAUGCUCUUCUUGAGCCUCAUUUCACCGAUAAACUUUGCUCUAAUCAGUGUUACAAUGGUUGUCCAAACAUAAUUGAUUUAUACUUCAAUCUCGCCGCUGGUGAAGGUGUUUUUUUACCAAAGAUGUGUGAAGUGAGACAAGGUAGAGCACGUCGGGAGAUGGUGGAGUUGAGGAGUGGUGGAGGUAAAUUGGUGGCAGCGGCGGCCGUGCCGGAAUCCAUGGAGUCUCAUGCUUCAUCUCCUCAGAGCUCUGUGGUGUUUUUAGGUUUAGGGCCAGUUCAGCCACCUUUGUAAAACAUAGAGACAUAUAUAUACAUGCAUGGCUGACAUGCAUGCAUGUAUAUAUAUAUAUAUAUAAUAAGUAUGGAAUGUAAGCUUAGUUAGUUUGUUUGGAAAUAAGGUUGCAUGUGAGUCUCUUUCAUGCAUGAAGGGUAAGAUAGUUGUGCAAGGGCUAGUUGUACGUAGAGUACUAUUUGUGAAGAUUGAGAACAAAUAUUUGUUCAGAGUUGUGCUUUCAUACUUGUCAUGUAUUCUUGUAAUUGAUGAUGAUCUUCGAAUAAAGUUCUGCAGUUUUUUUUUUUUAA